AUGUCUUCCUCGACGCUCACAGACGAGGAGAGCAAGGUCCUCAUCGCAGGGGCACUCAAAGCUCGUGAUGCGGCCUAUUGCCCGUAUUCGGACUUCAGAGUCGGCGCAUGUCUCUUAGCAGACACGGGCGUCUUCUUCAUGGGCUGCAACGUCGAAAAUGCAAGCUACGGAGGCACCAUAUGCGCCGAGAGAACGGCUGUCGUCAAAGCUGUGUCAGAGGGCGCGCGGCGUUUCAGAGCUAUCGCCGUCGCAACCGAUCUCAACGAAGCUUGCUCGCCUUGCGGACUAUGUCGACAAGUCUUGCGCGAAUUCAUGCCUCAGGAGGCGCCGAUACUGCUGGUCAUACCCGCACAUGCAGACGCGCAAGGCCAAGCUGUCGAAGUACAGACGAUCUCCUCUUCCAUGGCCGCACUCCUGCCCAUGAGCUUCGGGCCCGAGCAUCUCGACAAGCCUCGCAAUGCGCCAAGUGUGACGACUGGCUGA